AUGAAGUUGCAGGAAAAUUCUAGUUAUGAGAGUUAUAGAUUUGGAAUGUUUCUUCCGAUUCAUAAGGAUGAACUUCUUAUUUGUUAUCCGUGCUACGAAAUUGAAAGGAAAUUUCGCGCGAAAGAAUCACGUUGGUUGUUAAUGGAUGAAACAAAUGUGGACACAGAAAUAAAGGACAAAAUAAACGAAAAAUUAAAAUAAAAAAUGGAAAAAGUCAGGACAAAUACGAUCUGAGAAAGUAGCAAAGAGAUUAAGAAAGCAGACCGAAAGAGGAUUCAAAAUGAGAAAAUCACUGGAGGAGAGAAAAUGAAGGAGGGCAGAGAAAGAGAAGCUGGACAACAGUGGCAUCGUGCUCUUCUAAAUUUUUCAUGCCACGUUCGAAAAUAUGUGACCAGAAUCGCAAACCGUAUUUAAAGGGCGGCUAGAAUUUAAUGAGAUAGCACCACGUACGUUUGAAGUUAGCCAAACUGUCAGUGAAAUUAACCAUUCGCGAUCUUCUCUCUGGCAGAAGGAUAAUUGCAUUUUUCUCUUGUGCACUACCAAUCUUUGAAGUUAUUCGAUAAGCUGUUUUAGAUAAUUAUUUGAAGAAUUCACGAUGAUCUGAAAAUGCUACAUCAGUUUGAAAAUUAUAAUUAAUUAGCUUUCACGUAAAACUAUCCGAUGA